AUGUGGGUGCGGGGCGGGACUCCAGGGUCCGUAGUGCCGACGUCCAGCGGGAACAGUCCUCCACGAAAAUUUAUUUAUCAAGUAUCGGUUGGUACAUCAGCGCCUAAGGACAAGCGGCUGGAAAUUGCGGGCGGGCGAGGCGCGCCUGAUGCGCUCGUCGAUACGGGACACUGGUUACUUCCUAACAUAAAUUCGGUGCACGGGAAUCGGAUAUUAUUAUUCAAUCGUACGAUCGAGGUUCGCGCGGGGGCCAUAAGUCACGGCGACGCGAGCGCCGGCGGCUGCCGUGAGCGGUGGCGCACGACCGCGAUGCCAUCGCGUCUGCAAGCACCGCUAGGCGCGAGGCGCUAUGUGCUCACCACCGCUGCGCUGCUGCGUCGCCCGCACCCACGCUGCACCUGCUGCCGCACACGCUUCCGAUACGCAUAUCUAUGUCAUUGUGGCGAUUAA